AUGCUCUGCAAGAACCUCCUCUCGGCGACCGUCUUCGCCUCCGGCGCCCUCGCCUACCCCGCCGCCUCCCAGCUGCCGGACGACGGCUUCCCGAGCCCCAGCACCGUCCAGCUCCAGAACAUCAACAUCGCGGCCGGCGGCACCCUCUCCAACGCCCCGCCGCCGCCCGCGCUCAACGCCAGCAGCAUCCCCAUCUUCCAGCUCAUCAACUUCAACGAGAACUUUGAGGUCGCCUUCUUCAACUCGCUCAUCUACAACAUCACCAACGACGUCUCCGGCUUCCAGAUCCCCUUUGGCGCCGAGAAGGCCUCCGUCCUCAGCGUCCUCCGCACCAUCCUCGCCCAGGAGGAGCUGCACGCCGUCAACGCCGCCAACGUCGUCCGCCACUUUGGCGGCACCGUGCCCGUGCCCUGCACCUACAAGUUCCCCACCACCGACCUGAUCGGCGCCCUGGGCCUCGCCGAGACCUUCACCGCCGUCGUCCUCGGCACCCUCCAGGACGCCCAGCAGGGCCUGUCCACCAACGGCGACCACGGCCCCGUGCGCGCCGUCGGCUCCGUCAUCGGCCAGGAGGGCGAGCAGAACGGCUUCUUCCGCAGCCUGCUCAACGCCAAGCCGUCCGAGAAGCCCUUCCUGACCACCUCCGUCGCCCCCUUUGCCUUUUCUGCUCUGCAGGAGUUCGUCGUCUCCUGCCCCUUUGACAUCAAGGCCACCAUCCCCAUCCCCAUCUUCCCCACCCUCGCCGUCGCCGGCGGCGGCGACGUCACCCCCCUCAACCAGAACCUGACCUUUGGCGCCGACCUCACCGGCGUCGCCGCCGCCGCCCCCUUCCUCGGCAACCCCGACGCCGCCGCCAAGGGCCUCUUUGUCACCUACUUCUCCGGCCAGAACCUGCCCCUCAGCGUCCCCAUCCACGACGUCAACUUUCACGGCAACGCCAUCUCCUUCCAGGCCGAGUUCCCCUACUCCGCCAACGUCCUCGACGGCCUGACCAUUGCCUCCCUCACCACGAGCAGCAACUUUGCCAACCCGGAUGCCGUGCCCGCUGCCACACUGGCGGCGCCCGGCCUGAUCCAGGUCCGCGUCUCGAUCCUGUAA